AUGGAUAUGGCUGGAAAACUUCUGCAACAACUGCUACUCGGGGUCAUAAUUUUAGCAGCCACAGCAGUAUCUAUUGCAAACUCAACCUGCGACCGCGAGUGUGGAAAUAUUAAAAUCCCCUACCCAUUUGGAACAAGCGAGGGCUGUUACCUUGACAAACCUUUUCUCAUCACUUGUAACCACACGUUCGAUCCUCCAAAACCAUUUCUGGACCAUGAUAUUCCUGUUGAGAACAUAUCAGUACCGAAUGCUUCCCACAAUGAUGACACUGUUUACAAAGGAGUGUUGCCAAAUAACAAAGUGGUUGCUAUUAAAAAGUCCAAAAUUAGUGAUCAAAGUCAGAUAGAGCAAUUCAUAAACGAGGUAAUUGUGCUUACUCAAAUCAACCACCGGAAUGUUGUCAAAUUGUUAGGUUGUUGCUUGGAAACAGAAGUUCCCUUACUAGUCUAUGAGUUCAUCAGUAAUGGGACACUUUAUGACUAUAUUCAUGAUACAAGCCGAUCGUCCUUACUCUCAUGGGACAAGCGUAUGAAGAUAGCUACAGAAACUGCAGGAGCUCUUGCAUACUUACAUUGUGAAGCUUCUAUGCCAAUUAUACAUAGAGACGUGAAAACUGCAAAUAUACUUUUGGAUGAUAACCACACAGCAAAAGUAUCAGACUUUGGAGCUUCAAGGCUCAUUCCUUUGGAUCAAGCACAUUUAACUACGUUGGUGCAAGGAACACAUGGGUACUUGGAUCCAGAAUACUAUCGUACUAGUCAUCUCACGGAAAAAAGUGAUGUCUAUAGUUUUGGUGUUGUUUUAGCAGAGUUAUUAACAGGUAAGAAAGUAAUUUGUUUCCUUAGGCCUGAAAAUGAGAGAAAUUUGGCUACAUACUUUGUUUCUAUGGUAGAACAGGAUCGUCUAUUGGAAAUUCUUGAUGAUCACAUCUACGAUGGGAGUAAUGCUGAAGAACUAAAAAAAGUUGCUGAUGUUGUAGUUUGCAUACUUGUGACUUGAACCAGUCUGGAAAUU